AUGUCGUGGACCGACACGGCUGGCCUGGUCCUCCACACGCUGCUGGCCUGUCUGGAGAUGGGCAUGAUGAUGACGGCCGUCCCGCUGUGGUUCGUGCUCCCUGGUGCCAUAUUUGCGGCGUGGGUCUGCGUCUGCGCCGCGAUGGUCAUGGUCAUGUGCUGGAUGCUCAAUGGCAGAGAGCAGACAUAUCAGUGUCCCAGUGCUGCCGGAUCCGAGGGAUUGAUGAUGGGCCAUGAGGUGGAAGACGAGAGGUGGUUGUUCCUUGGCGGGAUGAGUAUGAGCUCGAACCGAUGUCAUAAGCAGACGCUUCCAGUGCUGUCGCGGCUCUUUGGCCGUCCUGUGAUGUGCGUCUGCAUGCCCACUUACGGGAUACCGUUCGACAUAGUUACCAUGUUGCUCCAACGCUGUGCCCCUAUCCCCAGCCCGGCCAGGCAAAGCUUGUAUGCGCAGAUGCGGUGCGCUUUGCUCGACGACUCGGUGAACCGCUGUGUCAUUAUCGCCCACAAUGACAGCACAAUCCUUCUUUCUCAAGCUGCCGCCCAGCUCUGCGCCGAUAUCCCUGUCGAGAGGCUUUCCAAGCUAGAGAUCUACACCUUCGGCGGCCGCCUCACCGAAGACGAGCAAGUGCAUCAAGCUGGCGAGCCGACGAGCGAACGGCAAGGUAUUCAUAUUGAGCAUUUCGCCAUGGUCAACGAUCCCUUCGCGCAGACGGGCGUCCUGCAAAGCGUCCGGAAAAACAUGGAUAGCCGGUUCUGCGGCGGCGUGUUUAUCAUCAACAACAGCAACGAAAACCGAAUGCAGACCAGGCCUCCGUUUAAGGCCGGCCAUAGGGCUCGGUGGCCGGCCUACUCAGGGCUGCGAGUUGAGGAGUACCUCACAACCCUCUUUCCCGCGCAGAUGGCCUCGGCAACAAGUGACAACAACAAAGCAAAGUCCGGAGGCCGCAGCGUGCUGGACAGCGUCCUGGCGAUCGACAGGGACUGCGCCGAAAAGCGCGAGAUUGCCGCCAUGAGCAACUACCACGCUGCCUCGCAGGCCAAGAAAGGCUCCCUGAGCGGCAAGCGCCUGAGCUGGACAGGGUUGGGCUUGACCAAUAGCCCCAUCUCCGGCCAAAAGAACGGCAUGAAUGCUGGCUUGGUUGCCCUGGAGAUGGCCCGCAAAGACUGUAGGAACUGCGAUGGCCACACGGGACGGGAGGUCACCUGGCUAGCUCGCUAUACUGCUGAUAACAUGAAUGGGGGUAUCGGGAGGACCUCGUGAGGCGGACAAGCCGAGUCGGGCGCUCAACAAGCGCUCUAGAGACUAGAGAUGUCCAGGGUGUUCUGGGGGCCAAUGUAACUGUCUUCAUCUCGCUGGAGUCGCACUUUUUCUUCUCUCGAUUCCAUCACGAUUCAUGAAUGGUGGAACGAAUCGAAUAAUGUAACUGUACUAAUGUCCAAUACCUACCUAAGAUCACAGAUUAC